AUGGUGUAUCGAUACUCGAGUAGUGGUAGUGGUAGGGGUUCACCCUCGCCGAAGCGCGUUGGCACUGGACUUCCACCACCAUCCCCACCAAUAACCACCACCAACACAAGGGUGGUAGAACGUGAUGCAAAAACGCUAGAACGAAUGCUGCAACAGAUGGAUGAAGCAUUUCGUAGUGAUGAUGAAAAUAGUGAACGACAAGUUCGUCUACAGUUAUUAGAAGAGCGACAAAUGGCACUUAGACGCCUCUGUGAGGCAGUAUUAGAUAAUGAAGAAGAUCAUGAUGUUUUAAAUUUCCAUUAUCCUGUUUCUGAUUCUGCUGGAAGCAGGCGUGUAGAAACGGGUAUUGUGUCAACCCCUCGUUCAUUGGAGGGAUUUUCAGUAUAUGAUGAUGCUGCCGCAGUGGCUCGCAGCAUUAGGCGGAGUGCAAGCCGCAACGGUGCUGUCUUUAUGCCGUCGCAGCUCCCACUGCCGGUGUGGCCGUUUCCACCACGUACGACCGCCGCCUCGGUGCCGGAGACCAUCUCCGAUGUGGAGACGGUGGGGGAUCGGGGAAGUCUGCGACGCCCACCGCCCCCGCCCCCGCCCCCCGUCAUUCCAACCACCACCUCCACAGCAACAGCAACAGGAACAACAAGAAGAGAAAUAGAGACUGGCCGUUAUUAUCAUGGGCUUCCAUCUCCACCGCCGCCGCCGCUCUUUGAGGAAGUGGCCUUGGCGGAGGAGCGAUCGAUCGUGGAGGCGUUUCUCGCCAGCCCACGACACCCGUACGCCGUGGAGGAGGACCUCCCGCCCCGCCCACCGGUCUGGAGCGCCUCGACCCGCCAACUCGCCAGCAGGAGAGUCGCCCCGAGUAACUCACCGGAAAACUUUGAUCGCUACGAGGAUGAACAGCUGCUCAAGACUAUCCUAGCGACGGUGCACAUGCACGAUACGGAAGAAGUGAAGGAGAGUCGUACAACUAUGGCAUCUUCUUCUUCUUCUUCUUCUCCUCCUCCUCCUCCUCCUGUUCCUUCUUCUUCUUAUAAGAAGGAUACCCCAGAUGCUACAGCUUCCACAGUAGGGAAUGCAGAAGGAACCUUGGGUCAUUUAAGCGGUACUAUGGUUCAAAACCAGAACAAGCAGCAACAACCAAAACAAAUUGCUCCAGCAUCAGGUGCAGUUGAUGUUAUAGCAGAUGAUGUGCUUUCUACUGGAACUGGUGAAGUUCAAGAGUUAUUAAAAGAGAAUCAAACCCUACAUAAAGAGCUAGAAGCUCAAGAUGGAGUACUUAGGGAAUUGACGUAUAAAACAGAAAGUCUUGCCCGUCACCUUGUCAAAUCUAUGCGUGAGCGGACACAGUUACAAUAUCGUGUAGAACGAUUGGAUGAAUUACUUGGGAAUGCAAAUUCAGAAAUUGGGAGGUUAAAACAAAUUGCUGAAUCACAAAGUGAAACGGCAUGUGGUGCUGCUGGUUGGCGUGCCGCAUUACAUGCAAAAGAACGUGAGUUACUUAUAUGUGAAGAUGAGCUUCGAAGAUUACGUGGUAUAGUAGAAAAUCACAUUAUGCGCUCAGAAAAUGUGCGAAAAGAGCAGGAUAAUACAAUGGCACCUACACAAGUGUAUGGUGAUUUAGAGGAAUUGAUACAAGAACUAGGCAUUUCUCAUAUGCGACAGCGCGAAGCGGAGGAACAUGCGAGACGCAUCUCAGAAGAACUUGAAGCAGCCCAAUCACACAUUCAACUUCUUGAUAAACGUUUGUCAGAUGCAGAACGAGCGGCAGCAGCUCAACGAUUGCGUGAAAUUCAGGAAUGUCUCAUGCCAGAUGAUGAUGUUUCUCAAUUGUCACCAUCAUCAUUAUUGUUAUCAUCAUCUCUUCCUAUACCAUCAGCAGAAGAUGUUUCAAAUUGGCCUUUUUCUGCUCGACGUGAACUCGCUCGAUUGGCAUCUCAUGCAGAAGGACUCCUCUUUCAACAUGCUGAAAGUGAUCGACACGCAGAGUUACGUUUAUCAAAUGCACGUCGUGAAGGAGAUGAACUACGAGAAAAGUGUCAUGCCUAUGAAGAAGAGGUAAAAACUUUAGAGGUGGAAACUGAGAUGCUACGUCGUGAGCGAGUAGCAAGGAAAUUGUCUGAACGACGUUGGAUGCAACAAUUAAAGGAUAUACAUGAUGACUCAGUUAUGGUCUCUGAUUUAUUGCGUAGUACAAAGAAUAAGGCAGAAGAAGUGUUGCGAUUAGUAUCAACACUUGAUUCUAGUCAUAGAGAGGUAAAGAUAGGGGUUGAACCCUUUGUUAAUAACGUAUUACGAGAUUGGGAUACUGUAGUGCGCUUUCUUUCGGUAUUACAACAAAUGAACUUUGUUGGUUUACAACAACAACAACAACAACAACAACAAAACCAAGAAAAAGAAGAGAAAGACGUGGAACGAAUCUCUCUCUCUGCAGCUACAAAGGCAAGAAAAGAUUUCGUCUUGCGGGCGGUAGAAUUUGCCAUGGCACGUGAGAACUCUGUUACUGCAGUAAAAGAAAGAGAAAAAAAAGAAAAAGUAGAAGGAGAACAACAGCGGCACCAGCAGAACGGUAAUCUCCACCAAUCUGCCUUGGCGGAGUGGCCUGUAAUGCGUCAAGUAUCAGUUGAGAAGAAGACGAAGGAAGUAAAAAAAGAAGUUGAUGAUAUGAGAGAAUUGCAGUUGCACACUGCCAAGAAAUCUCCAUUGUUACCACCAACCUCUGUUUCUCCAUCACGUACGCUUUUCUUGCAGGAAGAAAUCGAUACCGCAAACAUGGCUUCUACUGAUCAUCAUAAUUAUGAACUCCAAAGCAGUAGAAGGCGUAAAAAAGAAGGAAUGGACCUCGUGAAUCCUCCACUUCGUCAUAUUGCUCCACAACUCUCUCCUCUACCUGCUCCUCCGUCUCCUUCGCCUACUCCUUCUGUGUCUAUUCCCACUGCGGUUGAUGUUCCUGAUGAGGAAACUUCCCAUAAGUCAAUACUGCGUCAAGAGAGUGAAAAAAAAAAGUUUAUCUCUCCUCUAAAGGGGCAAUCGUUGUCAGAGGGGCCUACCGUUUCAGAGUCUGAAGAAGGUAAAGAGUCAAAGUACAAGUCUCCCUCUUUAGUUCACAGCGUGUCAACUCGUGAUGUUCCGGCAGAGAAAUCUGAGAAUAAACAUAUCUUUUCCAGAGUGACUCCACCCGCUUUACUAUUGCGGGACCUCUCAAAAUCUUCAACUUCUUCAGUUGGUGAGAAUUUUAGAAAGUCAGACUCGGUAACUUUAGUGAAUGAAAAGGAAACAACUAUGAAUGUAUUGCCUCAGGCGCAGCAUCAACAAAAGUUGGAGCUUCCUGCAUCGUCAAUUCAGUUGAAUUCUCGUGAAGAAAUUGGAGAUGUAGUGGAAUUGAUUGACUCUGUGAAUAAAAAAAAGAUAGAAAUCGAAGCUACACCUCGCUCGUUAGCCAAGGAUAAGAUGAUUGAAGAAGAUCAUUCUUCUCAAGAGAGAAAAAAAGAAAACCAGAGGCAGCAGGAGAGUCCUUCCAAUAGAAUGAAAAAGGAUGUAAGUAAUUCUGUGGACAUCAACAUCACUAAUAAAAAUAGUGGUAACAGCAACGAAAGUAGUCGUACUAAAACCAACGUUGUUGAUCUAUCUAUGAAGGCUUCAACAGUACGCUCUGCUUCUGAUGUCACUAAAAAUAGAACUAGAUUUCAAAAUAUUUCUAAAGGUACUACGUCUGUUAGUGGUGAUGAUAUUGAUAAUGAACCACGUCUACGUAUGUUUACUCCUCGGAAAAUCAAUAUGCCGAAGGAGGAAGAGUCACCAAAAGAAACUGCUUCAAAUGAAAAAGAGGAAAAUCUUCAAAAAACUGUUACGAAUAGUGGGAAUCAAAUCGUUUCUACAGAUGGAACUGGGAAAACCACAACCUCUGUUAAAGAAACAGAUCCUUCUCUGAAGCCUACUAUAAUUAGCUCGUCACGUUCUGUACAUCCAACUAAUAGUGUUCCAUCUAGUGGCAAUGUGUCUCUAUCCACUGGUUCAAGUCGCUCUUCCUUGAGGAGACCCAAAUCUUCCCAAGUUUCAGAGGAAGUACCACCAAAAGCUCAAUCUACAACUACUUCAACCUCUAUAAGAGGUGCACCUGCUGUUUCUACUUCUACUUCUGCUCGCGCUUCUGUUCCUACUUCUGUACCUGCUUCUGUACCCUCUGUGGGUAAAGAAGAUGCUGUAACUAUCAAUAAAACGCCAGGUUUGGGGAAUGUAAAUUCUGAAAUAACUGCCAGACGACGGCCCUCAGCUGCGAUGGAGUUCCCCUCCCUACAUCGUCCGUGUGUUGGACACGCUAAGCAGCAGAAAGAGAGUGAAGAAACAGUGGCUAAUUCUGGAACAGCUGUAGAAACACCUGAAACGAAGUAA